UGCAACUAUGUCACCAUUUGCAACCCUUAUAAUAGUAAUUUCUAGCUAGCUAGCUAAUUGGGUUGCAGAAGAUUAGGUUACAUUUUAAUUUGUGGCAUUGGAAUAUGGAGAAGAGAUGCCAUGUGGUGAGCUCAGAUGUUAGCACAUGGCUUCUCACAUUCCAACCUCCUAAACACCAAUACAAUAUUGCAUAGUAUUUCAGUAUUAGUAGAUGUGCUUAAUUAGCCCUCUUUUGUGUUUCUGAUCCUCAGCUUUCAAUUCCAUAUUCAAUUCUAUACAACAUACACUAAAGUGCAGUGUUUGGUAGCCCUAGCUAUAUAUGUCCAUAGCACCAGUUUGGAAGAUCAAAUAGAGUAGUGUAAAGUAGAUAGAUCAUUCCAACUAGUAGCUAGGGAGUACCCUAACGAGGCCAUGCUUGAUGUUCAGGAACAUUUAAUAGGAUAGUUAUACCCACUUCUCUAUCUUUUGAUCUGAUCCCACUGAUUAAUCUAAGUUGGUUAAAGUGCCUUAGCUUUCAUAUUACUAUUUGUUUCUUUCCUUUAUCUUUAAAGAGUAAUAGGCUUUUAAUUUUGUGCAUCAUAUGAGCAAUCAAAUGCUAUCUUCUUGUUGCUCUAUACUCAACAAGAGUAGUACUACUGCUCCCUCAUGGAUGGCGAUCCUUAUUGCUUUUUCGCUGCUUUUUUCCAGCUAUCUGUUGGUGCUGCUGUCAUUUGGAUAUUUUUCUAUCCUCUACACAUCUCUAGUACUGCUUUUCUCUUCUACUCUUUUCUACACUCUACUAUUCUCAAGGCACAAACCAGUAGUAGUGGAAGAAAAGGUUCUUAUUAGUCCUCCUCCUCCUCCUGAAGAAGAUGCUGAUGAGAUACAAGAACAAGAGGUGCCAACUUGUGAGGACUCUGAAGAAGUGGAUUGGUGCUCAGAUGGAUCAAUCUCUGAUGAGGACAGCCUCAUAGAAAUUGCGCUUCACAAAGAAGAACCACUGUACAGUAGGAACUACUACAGUUUGCAGCAGAAGAGGAGGGAGCUAUCAGCAGCUGAGGCCCUUUUCAGCCAUCAUCAGAGUCUAAUGGAGUUCUUAUCUGAACUUAACAAUGACGUGAGUGAGGAAGAAAACUUGAUAGAGAUUGACAUAUCCAUGGGUUCCAUUAAGUACUCCUCCAGGUUUGAAAUUAAAGCCUGAUCAAGUUUAAUAUACUCUUCAAACUUGAAUAGCUGUUUUUACUACUACUUUUUCUUUUUUCUUUUUUUAUAUAUU